GUAUUUUGAUAACACUGAUAAAAGUCAUCCAUAAAUAGAAUAUAAUUGAAAUUCGCCAUACAAAUGAAAGUAUAUAUAAUUUGUAUUUUACAUUUUUCUAUCUUGGAAAAUUAAAAGGCGUUGAAAAUGAAUGUAGAUAUUGAAAUUAAACAAGAAAAUUUAAAAGAAGAGGAUGACAGUGAAUAUGGGCAACCUGAUUUUGUUCAGUCCCACUUGGAAAUUAAAGAAGAGCAAUACGACAUUGAAGAUUAUCCCGAAGAAUAUACCGGCUCCUGUCAGAAUGAAAAUUCGGAUACAGAAAUAAAACCAAUUCAACCGGUAUUCGUCAAAGAAUUCUACCACCUACCUCAACCAGCCGAAUAUGAAAUGCCAAACCCUUUUUUAUACAAACCUGCGAUAUACGAUACACAUCCAUAUUCGCAAAAGCCACCUCCUUUAAUUUACUAUCAGCAAUCGGCAAAUACACAACCAAUAAAUACCUUUAAGACUAUAAAAGAUGAAGAUGAAGAUAAUGAAAAUGGUGAAGAACUUCAAUGUACCUUAUGUGGGAAAAAUUUUCUAAAAAUGUCCUACUUACGACAACAUACCCGUAAAUAUCAUAACGGCGAAAUGCCAUUAAAAUGUUCAUUUUGUGAUGAACGAUUUGCUAGUAAACGAGCCCUAAAAUCCCAUGAAAAAACUCAUAAUGAUGGAAAACCAUAUGAAUGUACAAUAUGUAAGCGGACAUUUGCAUUAAAACAUCAUGUAACAAUGCAUAUUCGACUCCAUACCGGAGAAAAGCCAUAUAAAUGCACAGUUUGUGAACAAUCCUUCGCUCAAAGACAUCAUCUAAAAACACAUAUACGUACUCAUACGGGUGAAAAACCGUAUAAGUGUGAGUGGUGUGGACACGCGUUUUCUCAAAUUGGACUUCUAAAAACACAUUUACGUACCCAUACAGGCGAAAAACCUUACAAAUGUAUGUAUUGUGAUCAAGCGUUUCAUGAACAAUCAAAUUUAAAAACGCAUGAACGAAAACACACUGGAGAAAAACCCUUUAAGUGCAAAAUAUGUGGCGAAAUGUUUGCAACACAUUCGAAGUUGCAUACACAUGAGAAAAAACACGGUAUUAUUAAAAUGGUGCAUUGUAAAUAUUGUAAUAAAGAAUUUCCCACACGUCAUCUAUUACAAAUACAUAUACGGGUGCAUACGGGUGAAAAACCGUAUGAGUGUAGUAUGUGUGGGCAUUUUUUUAAUGCUCGCCACCAUGUAAUUGCACAUGAAAAAGUACAUUUAGAUGGAAAACCGUAUAAGAAAAAUAUAUCGCGACAACAAUUUUUAUUGCAGUCAUGUUUACAAGAGAGCGAGUUAAUUGAAAAAAUUGAGAAGCCACAAUCAGAAACACAAUUAUUUGAAACCGUGUAUUUUGAAGACAAUGUAGAUGAUGAAAAUGCGUAGUCUGACUAAAUUUGAGAUAUCAUUAGUC